CAAAUUCUGGAAGAAGCUGAUUUCAAAGGAGAAGAUUUUAAUCUGUUUCAGGUAGCAGGUCAGAAAUGUUUAGAAGAUGGGUAUGCAGCUCAGUUAUUGGAAGUAAUUCAAAAUGAGAAAAAUAAGGUUAUCAUCAAGAAUAUGGGUUGGAAUCUCAUUUCUCCUCUUGUUAGAUGUAUUUUCAUGUAUAAACAGGAAGAUGAUAAGUAUGAACACUGCCUGAAGAUACUGUAUCAGUUGGCACAGCUAUGCAAUCCGAAGGAACUUUUUUUGGGUUUACUUGAGCAGAUUGAGCAGACCUCUGGAGAGCGAGUGUGCCAAACUGUCAUGCUAUUGCUUCAGCCGUUGCAGACAGUGCUUUUGAAACUUCAGAACAAGAAGGCCUACUCAGUGGGUUUAUCUUUGGCCAUGAUUAUGAAUCAGCUUACUCCCUUACCUGUACCUUAUACAAAACAACAAAUACAAGAAGAUAAACUUGGUCUCUGUCAAUGUUGUAAUGCAGUGGUGGACUUCGCUAAACCUUUUGUGAAUGAAGUCGUUAAAAACAUGGAAAAAUCAUCAGAGUACAAUGACAUGGAGCUGAAAGAAGAGUUAUUAAAAUUCUGUAUGAAAAGCCUGAAAUACCCAUUAUUGACAGCUCAGCUUGAACAACUUGAAGGCAUUGAAGAACAUCCCUUUCGUCAUUUUGCAACUGAAAUUGUAAACAUUUUGUGGGAUAUAAGAGAAUUGAUACCAUUAGUGUUUUUACAUCGUAAAGGCAAAAGUCCACACUGGGAGAAUGAGGAGUUUGCAGACAUAGAGCGAAAGGAUUCUGCAGAUUCUUUGGCAUGUCUGUCAUAUCUGAUGUUUGUUCAGCAUUUUGGUAUGGAUUGCUUUCCAGUGGUAUUUAGUCCAUCAUACCUUCUGCAGUGCAAUAUGACGCAUAUUGAAGUGCUACUGAAAAGAACAGAAGAAUCUGUGUUAUCUAAAGGACUUGUAAGUUUUCUUUUAAUCAAAUUUUCAAUGUUAAGAAUGGAAGAUAAUAGCCUUCUCCAUCAGUAUUUAGAAUUCAGAGAUUUUAUUAACGUACCUCAGGAUUUGGUGAAAGUUAUGACCCUUUGUCCCAUAGAGCAUGUGAGAAAGAAGAGUUUAAGUAUUUUGCAGUUGUUCAUAGACAAGUUUGAUGCAGAGGGAAAAUAUACAUUAUUCAGGUGUUUACUGAAGACAAGCAACCACGCUGGCGUGGAAGGAUACAUUAUUAAAAAUAUAAAAGAUCAGGUUCACUUAUCAUUAACGAAGGCACGUGACAACAUUUGGUUUACGGGACAUCACCUGAUCUCCCUUCUAGAUUUAGUGCUGUUGCUUCCAGAAGGUGCUGAGACAGAUCUUCUGCAACACUCCGAUAGGAUUAUGGCGUCACUAAAUCUACUGAGAUACUUAGUCAUUAAGGACUGUGAAAGUGAUAAUCAAACUGGUGUAUGGACCGCACUUGCCAAGAUCGAGCAAAAUUUUUUAAAACCACUGCACGUAGGACUCAAUAUGUCAAAAGCGCACUAUGAAGCAGAAAUAAAGAAUAAGAAAGAGAACAGAAGAGAGGCACACAGUUCUAACGCAGUUUGUUCUGUAACUGUUGGUGGGGAAAAGAUGCCUGCCAUGACAACCGAAAUGCAGCUUCAGGUUUUACAGUCGGCUCUCUUCACAUUUGAUUUAAUAGAAAGUGUUCUAGCUCGAGUAGAAGAACUCAUUGAAGUGAAAAUAAAAGCUGUAACGGAUGAGAACAGUUAG